GUUUAACCAACGACUGUCGUUUUACUGUUACUUCCCGUAUUUUCGUUUUCUGUAUGUGUUUUAUCUUAAGCUUCGUUAUUGUAACCGAAAAGACAAAAAUCAAGUCUUUAAAUAUGCAUAAAAUGGAUGUAUGAGUUUGGGCAUAAAACUGGUUACAUGGUUCAUAAUUAGUCCAAUAAAAAGUUGUAUAACUUAACAAAAUCUCUGUAUUUUAGUGUAACUAUACAUUGAGGACGUGGUUUCUUUUAUAUACCAAAAUUUCUUCGAGAAUCGAAAUAGGAUUACAACACAGCGAGUCAUAUGAUUCACAUAAAUGCACAUGUGCUGCCCUUUCUUUGUGCACGCGGCCGGUAGACCGAAAUCACGCAGCGGCCGCGUGAUCACUCCUCCGCAUCUAGUGACGCCACACACAGCUCGAUCGUGAUUGGCCAGCGGCAAAAACCCGCCCAUGUUAGCCUUACUUGUUGAUGCGCUGCUGUAUGAACUCAACCUAUUCGUGCUUGCCCGCUCUAUUGAACGGAUCUACAAAUCUAAAGACAGGAAUACUAGAGUGCCUUUGUUAUCAUACUAUAUUACAAUAAUGAGAUCAUUACCUGCUUCUCCAACGAAUUCUACAUGCGAAUUUGAGACUAGCUGUUGUACACCAAGUAACAUGGAGCAAUUCGCCCACCAAUGCCAAAGAGCUGAUCUUUCCGACUCGGACUCCAGGUCCAGACAUAGUAGCGACUCGUGUACUGGAUGCAACGAUUGCGAAGCAGCCGACACCCUACUUUCACUAUGUGGUGGACAAACCAACCAACUAAACGGGUCCAGAAAACCGGUGCUACCUCCACGACUACGAUACAGGAAAAAGUACCGCCAAACGUUUUUGGACGAAUCCGAAAAUAACUCUCGAUCAGCGUCGAGUCCAAGCCAUCACACAGCUAUUACUACGAUGUCUACUCCACCGUACACACCCCCGCCCCCAGUCGUGGACACUCAACACGCCAUAACACACCUCACUAACGCCCAACCAACCAUGACGAUGACUUCCAAGCCAGCGCACACAACCGUCACUGGUUCCCAUGGCAACGACAGCUCGCAUUCGGAUACAUGCAGCUGUUGUACAGACAAUGAAUUGUCGAACAAGGAUUAUUUAUUGUACGCCCCUCCCUCUUUAUCAGCCAGCUGCUGCGACUCCCCUACAAUGGUUGACACCGCAACUACAAGACCGUACAGCCCAACAUUAAACACACCAGUGUACCUCACCCCCGCAGCGUCACCAGCCAACAGCGAAGUAAGCCCAACUUCUGGGUCCGAAAGCACAAAGGAUGAAUGCUCGGACAUGGAUACAGACGACAGCGAAAAUGACAAACCCGCCGAAAAACCCGAGCCAGAAACCCAAUUCCCUUCGGAUUCGAAACCGCCCACUUUUGCUCCAUUCUUUAUGCCAACUAUAUCUCAACCAACGGCAAUCCCAGCUUCCUCAAUCCAACCAAUCAAACUUCUACACAACGGCAGUGGUCAGUUUCUCCCAAUAACGGCCAACAGUAACAUUCACACCAUGCCCAUAGUUAUAAUGGGCAACAUGCAGGCGCUCCACCAAUCUUCCAGCGCUGUUCUUCUCAUGGUCAACCCACAAGACCAACAACAACAACACGCCAACUUUACAUUACCGCCGGUAAUAGACACAACAAAAGUGAAAACUGAGUAUUUACCCCCGACGACACAACCCACUCAAAAACUAUGUACCCUCGCACCUGCACCUCUAGCACUGCGAGUUACACCGCCAACUUCGCCCGUUGACUUCACCCAAUCACCAUACAUGGCGACGGACAAGAUAUCUAGCGACACCAAUCGCCGAAGGUCCCAUAUUUGUACCUACGAGAACUGCGGAAAGACCUAUUUCAAAAGCAGCCAUCUGAAAGCCCAUUUGCGCACCCACACCGGCGAGAAACCGUUUAAAUGCCAAUGGGAAAACUGCGGUAAAUGCUUUGCUCGUUCCGAUGAACUAUCACGUCAUCGUCGUACCCACACCGGAGAAAAGCGAUUUGCUUGCCCGAUUUGCGACCGACGUUUCAUGCGAAGCGACCACCUAACCAAACACAUGAAACGCCACAACGGUAACCGCAAGAUUCCCAACUGGCAGAAAGAAAUCAACAAACUAUCUUCCUCCCCCCGCACUUCCGACCCACCUACGUUGUUGCCUAGCAACACGUCAUGUCCCACACCCGUUGGAUAUACCCCCACAUCGAUACCGACAACUCCUAGUUGCCGAAACCAAAUUAAAAUCGCCCCAAAAACAGUACAGGCAUCAGCGCCGGCUAAAGUCAUUCAAUACGUCAGCCUCGCAACUACUACCCCUUGUAGGUUGCCAUUGAUGACGGCGACAACGUCAUAAUCACCACUGUUAUGUUUUUCUUUAUUUUCAAAAACUGUUUAUUUUCGAGCCAAUGCUCUUUAUGUUAGCUCGAAGCUUUAUCAUUUAAGUUCAAUAAAACAUUGUUCUGUAUUACCAAUGAAGCACCUACACGCUAUUCUGCUCUUCUGAGUGCAAUACAACCAAAUUUAUCCAGGUCAAACAGUAGUUAGUCGUAUAUUGACACGACAUACGCUGCAUGACCUCAACCAUUUUUUCGGAACUUCUUCCAAAAGGUGUUGCAGCUGUACAAUGUAUUUCAACGUUUCGUUUCUGAUUCCAAUAUACAAACGCCUUAAAAA